ACGACAUUAAGUGUACGUGAAUUGUUUUUGAAUAUUUACUUUACGAAACAACAAAACAUUUGUUUUGAGUGCAAUGACGUCGCACCCUAGCGGCAGCAGCCGCGCGGCCAGCGACAUCGACGUGCGCCGCCUUUACAGCCUGUCCCUCUCGCAGAUCAGGAAGCAUUCAGAGCUCGGCAACUAUCACUACAAGCCCGCGCCCUUCAACAUUCGUUGGAUCCACGGUUACAACGCCAAGGUGGGUGUGAUUAACUUGAACGACGAGGGCAGCACUAUCGCACUGUAUGCUGCCGGCAACUGCGCAGUGCUCUACAACUGGACCACCAACGAGAUGAGGAUACUGCAAGGACAUAAGCACGUAGUAACAUGCAUAGCUGCAGACAGCAAGGGCAAGUGGCUGGUGACGGCUGACUCAGGCCCAGAGAACGUACUCAUAGUAUGGGACAGUAGCGACAAUUUCCCCGUCAAGACGCUCUUUUCCCCACACGGGGGCACCAACAUCGCAAAGAUUACCCUCAGUCCAGACGCCAAAUAUCUCCUUACCAUAGGUUAUAGGGAGAAGGCGGUCGUCUAUUGGUGGAUAUGGUCUUUCGGGAAUGAUGAACCACAUGCUACUCUGGAACUAACCAUGCCUCGCGGUGCGAUCCUGGAUAUGGCUUUCAACCCGAUACACACAGAACAGUUUGUGCUGAUGACCAAACACGAUAUAUGGAUUGGCGUUUCUAGGAAAGUAUUUGUCACAGAGCGAGGAGUGGUAAAAGAUACAAACACGUACGAGUUGGUAAUACUAACUGUAGAAAGGAAGCAAAACUCAGAGUUUGGCAAGUUAACUUGCUUCACACACGUGAGGGAGACGUGUCAGAUACUCGCGGGAACCAACCGCGGCUAUGCGCUGGUGUACGGCUACACUUCUGAGUUUAACGCUACUAUACAAGAUGCGAAAGAUAUUGAGGAUAUGAAGUUUGUCAAGGGUCUGAAGAUACAACAAUGUAGGAUAGAAGUCAUUAAAAAUAUCGACGGAGUAAUUGCGACAGGCAAUAGCGAGGGCGCGAUCCAUUUCUAUGACCCGCAGCUAAAGCUGUUGUACUGGGUGCAUGGCUUCACCGUCGAUAAGGUGACUGGUCUCAGCUUCAACGUCUCGCCCAGGAGCUACCAAAUAUUCGACCCCAAAUGCAAUAAACAAUGCCUAUGCUGGGAGAAGGUGGUGCUCAAGAUGGACCCAGUGACGGGCGUCAGGCAGCAGAAACUGAUGAAGAGCAAGCUGCCCUCGGACGCAACCGUCCCCAACAAGCCCUUCGUCGUUAGAGAUUUUAUCGUGUGUACAAAGAACCAGGGUGUCGGCUUUGUGGACUUCGUGGCGGAGAACAAUCACACUAUCUUGGACAACAAGACGUCACCAGCACUCGCUAUGACUGUGCAUCCUGAGAAGCCGUACGUAUGCGUGGGCUACGCUGAUGGCACUCUGGAGCUUUACAACUUCGUGCGGCAUAUGCUGUUCGCGCGGCUACCUCUGCGGGAGCGGUACAAGGUGGUGACAGAGCCUGCCGAUGACUCGAUCAGCUGCCUUGUUGACGUCUUCUAUCCCCAGCUCUCUGUUACCUGUCUUAAGUACUCUCCCAAUGGUUUGCAUCUGGCUUGCGGUCUCAACACUGGACAAUUAAUAUUCUUAGACCCAACAACGAUUGAAAUAAGAUCUGACAAACCGUUUCAAGACACCCGAUUCUCAAUUAAGGAGAUAUCCUUCAGCCUCGAUUCUCGGUCUCUUGCCUUUUUUGACGCGGGUAGAACGGUCUGCCUGUACAAGUAUGAUUGCGCGUCGCUGAGCUGGCAGUUCAUAGCAAAGCAUCGGGCGCACUACAAAGACGUGACGGCGGUCUUCUUCCUUCCCGAGAAGAACGAGAGCGGCGACUACAAGCUGAUGUCGAUGGGCGCGGAUCGCACGCUCGUCGAGUAUGACAUUGGCGCCAGCUCCGAAGAAUACCUCGAGAUACUCAGCCUGGACAGGAUCGAACAAAGCGCCAUCCCUCUGGCCGGCAUCCCCUGGCCCUCGCCCAAAGACAUCGACCCUGAGACUUGUCGCACUGACAUGCCUAUGAUUCUGAUCGCUAAUGAUGAAUUUAAAUACAAGAUAAUAAACUACAAGACGACGAUGACGCUGGCGACGGUCCUGGGACCGCGGUUCGAGCACCCGGUGCGCCGGCUCCAGUUGGUGACGCGCACUGACGAUGAUGAGGGCGCACAGUACCUACUCUUCGCCACCAAGACCGUCGUCGGUUUGCAGAAGAUGCCGCUUGACGGCAAUCCUUGGAGACACAUCGGGCUAUUGGGGCAUCCCAUAGAGUUGAUAGAAGUAUGUUAUCGAGAAGACGUUGGCAUUUUAUUUACUAUCGGAGCUAAGGAUAGCUGCAUGACGCAAUGGGCAGCUAAUUACAGAGCCAUAGACACGACAACAAAACAAGGUGGAACCGACUUGGAUCCUUAUUACUGUCUGAUAGAGAACGGCCGGCCGGGCUGGCUGUUCCACGAAAUCCGAGACCUCUUCUACUACAUUCAGAUUUUGUGCCAGGGCACCUUCUCUCCGUCCAUUAGGACUGUGAAAGACUUCAUCCCGAUCGAAACACUGCCCGACAUGAUGAGGGCUUUGGGAUUCUUUCCUUCUGAAUAUGAAGUCGAAAAUCUGAUAGUAGAGGCGAAGUACAAAGUAUAUCAACGUCAACCUUCAACUGAGAUCGAUUUCGAGGAGUUUGUGAAGCUGUAUUUAAACCACCGUCCCGCGUUUCUAGAAAGUGCCAGAUAUAUCAAGAAUGCGUUCAAACAUUUCGCCAACCCGAUAGACGGCGCUUAUGUGAUGUCCAGAAAUCAAUUUAUUAAUAUGCUUAGUGAUUAUGGUGAACGAUUCCCUCGGGAACUAUCCUCGUACCUGUUGUCUAUUCUGUGUUGCCACAGUUUCGAGGAUCGAUGUGCAAUGUAUGAGUCAGAUUUUCAUUUCUUACCAGAAACAAUUAAUUUGAGCGAGUUGCUGUGUAAUAUUAUCGGCGUUUCUGACUACGACAACCUAUCAGAGUCCUAUUACAAGGGCUCGGGCAGCUCCAUGCGCAGCGCCUCCACAGACUCCGACAACUAUUCACCUGUGUGACAGUCCACUGCUAGCUGCUAGAUAUAGGCCUUCACUAGCGUGGGCUAUAUCAGGGGUGGCGAACCAGUGGCACGCGUGCACAAGACAUAUUUUGGGCACGUCGAUAAUUAUAAAAACAUUACGAAAUUAUGAAGUAGAUGCAAAAUGGAUUUGACGUAAUAAUUGCAGUCAAAACUUUUCCAUGGUAUAUUCAAGACCGCAUUAAACAUUUCUUUAUAAAAAUAGCACUUUGAUGUAUGUUUGUCACCCCUGGACUAUAUCUAUUCACGUCAACCGCUUAAAUAUUUUUUUAAUGUAAAAAUCAGGAUGUCAAAGGAACCAUGUCUGAUAAUUUGAAAUAAAAAU